UUAUAUGAUGGAGGCUCUGACAGGUGGAAGCUCACCUGGCCUUUGCUCAUAUGGCACACUGCUCACCUGUUUCCCCAUACUUACCUGGCUGCCCAGGUACAAGCUCACCUGGCUGAAGAUGGACCUGAUCGCAGGUCUUACCGUGGGGCUUACCGCGGUUCCUCAAGGCCUGGCUUAUGCAGCGGUGGCUGGCCUACCUGUGCAGUACGGGUUGUAUUCUGGUUUCAUGGGCGGAUUCAUCUAUUGUAUUUUUGGCACGUCGAAAGACAUCACGCUGGGCCCAACGGCCAUCAUGUCCCUGCUGGUUUCGUCAUAUAUCGGUGGAGACCCUGUUUUCGCCGUUGUGCUCACCCUCUUGUGCGGGGUUAUUCAAGCGGGAAUGGCCCUGCUGAGAUUAGGGUUUCUUUUGGACUUCAUCUCUUAUCCGGUCAUAAAAGGAUUCACGUGUGCUGCCGCGGUCACUAUUGGCUUUGGUCAGGUGAAGAACAUUCUGGGUCUGAAGGACAUCCCGCAGAGUUUCUUUCCGCAGGUGUAUUACACAUUUCAGAGGAUCCCAGAGGCCAGGAUAGGGGAUGUAGUUCUGGGUCUGUGCUGUCUGCUCUUUCUGAUCAUGUUGACGGUGAUGAAGAAUUCUCUAAGUUCUGAAGAAGAAACCUCUCGCCUCGUCCGAGCAGCCAGAGGACUGGUGUGGAGUUUAGCCACCAUUCGUAACGCUCUCGUGGUCAUAGCGGCGACAGCUGUCGCGUACUCCGUGGAGGUCACCGGAAACCAUUUCUUCAGCCUCACUGGAAAAACAGCCACAGGCCUUCCUCCGUUUAAAGCUCCGCCCCUCUCCGAGACGAUAGCCAAUGAUACGGUUAUUACAUUCAGUGAAAUUGCAAAGGAUUUGGGAGGCGGCCUGGCUGUCAUUCCAUUAAUGGGCGUCCUUGAAAGCAUUGCUAUUGCCAAAGCAUUCGGAAGCAAGAAUAACUACCGAAUUAAUGCCAACCAAGAGCUCUUUGCCAUCGGUCUCACCAACAUCGUGGGCUCAUUUGUGUCGGCAUACCCCGUCACCGGCAGUUUCGGGAGAACUGCAGUAAAUUCUCAAAGCGGCGUAUGCACACCUGCAGGCGGUGUAGUCACAAGUGUCAUCGUGCUGUUGUCGUUGGCUUUUCUUAUGCCGCUGUUCUAUUACAUUCCUAAAGCUUCACUCGCUGCGGUUAUAAUAUGUGCUGUGAGCCCCAUGAUGGACUACAGAGUCCCCGUUCAGCUCUGGAGAGUCAAGAAACUGGACCUGCUGCCCUUCCUGGUGACGUUUUUGAUGAGUUUCUGGGAGGUGCAGUAUGGGAUUGUGGGAGGUGUCGUUGUGUCGGUUUUUAUGUUGCUGUACAUCAUGGCUAGACCGAAAGUAAAGGUGUCGGAUCACAGCGUUGUGAUCCUGGAGUUGGACAGCGGAUUGAAUUUUCCCAUGACGGAGCAUCUGAGCAGGCUUGUCUACACGCAUGCACUUCAGGCAUCUCCUGCGCGGUGUCUUGUUCUAGACUGUUCUCAUGUCAGCUGUAUAGACUACACUGUUGUUCAUGAACUUGCAGAAUUACUCCAGCAGUUCGAACUCAAAGGCCUUUCGCUGGUCUUUGCCGGACUUAAGCCUUCAGUUUUAAAGGUGCUCCUGAUGGCCGAUCUUCCUGCUUUUAGACACACAGACAGUGUAGACGAGGCACUACAACUUUUGACUGGACGGUCACAUUGCGACUAACAAUUCUAACACUUACUGUCAACAAAUCAACACUUGAAACCCUUAAACCCUCUGCUCAGUGAUUGGCUGAUGGAAUUACUGCGCACACCUUUGACCAUUCACCACUCAGGAAGAGAGACAUUAAUACUAAUGUAAUGUUGGUUACGUCGUCAUCAUGUAAAUAUAAGUAUAUUUUUGCACUUCUAAGAGAGCUUUGGAAAUCAUGAGAGCUAUUUCUUAUAUUGAUAAUUUAUGUAAAAAAAUCCUGAAUUGUAUUUUUAUACACAUUCUUAACACUAAAACAAAGAAUCAAAACUUUAACUAACAACACAUGAAAAAACUAUAGUAUACUUUAUUAUUUACUAUAGUAAUCUGUAGUAAAUUAUUACUACACUUUGUUAAUGUGUACUAUAGUAUCUUGUACUACUGUAUAGUGAACUGUAUAAUAAACUGUAGUAAAUACUGUAGUAUACUUCACUAUUUACUAUGGUAGUGUUAAAAAGACUAUAGUAAUUGUAUUAGUAUACUACAGUAUUUUUUCAUCCAGGAUAGCAAACACUAUGGCUGUGUCCGAAAUAGCCCCCAUACCUUCGUUCACUUUUCCCUACAUUAGUUCACUAAUAUUGUCCACUCGAACGAGUGAAUGAAAACGAUUGAGCGGCUGGAGUUCAUUUGGCACGCGCCUCACAGUGAAUAUGGGUAGCGGCUAGUCGUACACUCAUUAUUGCGGUGAAUUAUGGUAUUGAAUAAGUGCACUCGAUAAUGUCCACUAUAAUUCCAGACAGCACUACAAAAUGGGUAUUGGGAGCUAUAUCAGACACAGCCUAUAAAUCAGGUUAUACAAUCUGGAUGGAUUAUGAGAGAGGGACCACCUGAAGCAUUCUGCACUAUACAAACUUUACUGUAAUGUCUAUUAACCAUUUAAUGCUUUGUCAAUUGCACAUGCAGCAUAAGUUUACAUUUUAAUUUCCUGAUGAAACUGAAUUUGUACCAGGAGUCUGAUUUAUGAUUUUAGACUGACCAAGAUCAAAUAGACCUCAUUGUCUAGAUGUGGGUGUAUCUGAAAUGUCUUGUUUUAUAUAACAGUAUAUAAAUAUAGGCUAUUAUGUUUCAAUGCUUUCGUUUUUAUUUACGUUUAUGCAAAUUAUGAGACUCUUUAUUCCAACGUGACAGUCCAUUAUAAGGUAUACAUUAUAUUAUUUUUUACCAGGGGGGCUGUUGAAUGCUUUAUUCUGAUUGGUUGAGAAAUGUUUCACGGCGUUAUUUUUAUGUAAAAUGCACACCUAACAUGUCAAAUGUUUUAAAAUAACCACCAGAGCAAUUUAUGUUGUACCGUGGUAUAAUUAUUUAAAAAUAAUGCAUCGUGCCGCAUUAUCACCUUGGGUGUGCAUUAUUUUCGAAUAAUUCAUCGGCCCGUCGUCGAUUAUUUCUUACAUAUGUGUUCUCUGGGAUUGAACCCACAACCUUUUGCACUGCUUAGUGCAAUGAUCUACCUUAAAAAAUCUCAGCUAUUAAAAAACAUCUCAUUCUAAAUAAAUGGUGUAAUAAAGUGAUUUAAGAAUAAA